UUUUCGGUGCAAGAGAGCGCCUGGUUUGAUGAGAGAGUGAUGUUGGAAUGGAUUGAGAAGUGCUGGAAUUAUAUCGUUGUAGAGCCAUCAGUCCUCAUACUCGAUAGCUUAUCGGUACACAAGAAAGAGGAAAUUGCCGACGCUUUGGCGUGUACGGGCACUUCGGUGCUAUACGUACCUGGGGGCUGCACCGGUGUUGCGCAGCCUCUCGACGUAGGCGUUAUGGGCCCUGUCAAGCAGCACAUUCGU